AAACAACAAAUCAUUAAGGUCUAAAUCCACAUUCUUUGCUCAUAAAAACCCGUUGAACAGAUCUUCACGCAACGCACAAAGCAAAAUAAAGCAACAUAUCAAUGUGUGCAUACAAUGGUCAGUAUUGACACGGUUUAUUGAUCGGUUUAUCUUUACCUGAAUAAAUUUUAAGAAUUCACAGCAGUCAGUCUCAUAAAGUAGUUUCAAAGAAAACAGAAAAGUGUAAAGAGAAAGUACAAGGAAGUGAUGCAACGAAAAAGAAAAGGCAUCGAUUUAUAACGAUCUAUGAUUGUCCAGAGUGUUUAGAAAUCGAUAAUUUUUGGUGUAUAACAUCUUAAAGUGCUGCAAAAAGUGACUACACAACGUAAAUAGCGAUAAUUUAGUGCGAUAAAUCUACCAAAGACCUUAGAUAACGAGGCACGGAGAGUUCGAACCACUUUCUGUGUCAAAUCCAGUUCAGUAUUUCCAUAUCAGCCUUCGAGUAAAGCAGUACAUCUCGCAAUGAGUAAUCAGACCAAUAUUUCAGAGAACAAAGUUAUUAAUUUUGGUGCCGGGCCAGGCAAACUUCCGGAAGAGGUAUUAAAACAAGUACAACAAGAAUUGCUCGCCUAUGGUAAUACUCAAAUCAGUAUUUUGGAAUUGAGUCAUAGAUCAGCUGAGUUCAAAAGCGUUAUUGAAAAUGCACAAGCAACGUUGCGAGAAAUGCUACAUGUACCCGAUAAUUAUAAAAUCCUGUUUAUGCAAGGGGGUGGAACAGGUAUAUUUGCAGCUGUUCCUUUAAAUAUGAUGGCAACUGAUACCGCAGACUACUUAGUAACUGGCACAUGGUCGGCCAAAGCGGCGAAAGAAGCGGCCAAGUAUGGCAAAGUGAAUUUGGUCUUGCCACCAACAACGAAAUACACGGAAGUUCCUGACCCAUCUACUUGGAACCUGGAUCCCAAUGCGUCUUAUGUUUACUAUUGUGCAAACGAAACAAUUCACGGAAUCGAGUUUAAUUACAUCCCUGAAACGAAUGGAGUACCACUGGUCGUUGAUAUGUCGUCGAAUAUACUUACAAGACCUUUCGACGUUUCGAAAUUUGCUGUAAUAUUUGCUGGCGCACAGAAAAACAUCGGUCCGGCUGGUGUGACUCUCGUGAUAGUGAGAGAUGAUGUUCUCGGUCAUGCUUCGAAGUUCUGUCCAAUAAUGUUCGAUUUUAAUGUUAUAGCAGCUGAUAACUCUAUACACAAUACACCACCGGUAUUUCAAAUAUACGUAGUUGGGCUAGUUUUCAAAUGGAUCAAAGAACACGGUGGUGUUGAGGGGAUGGAGAAACUGGCAAUUGCAAAGAGUCAAAAGAUAUACGACGUGAUUAACAAAUCAAAUGGUUUCUAUUCAUGUCCAGUUAAAUCCGACGUAAGGAGUAGAAUGAAUGUGCCAUUUAGGAUAGGCAAAAACGAUGAACAAUUAGAAAAAGAGUUUCUAUCUGGUGCGAGCGCACGUGGAAUGCUUCAAUUGAAAGGUCACAGAUUAGUAGGUGGAAUUCGAGCAUCUGUGUAUAACGCUGUUACUGUGGAGGAAGUAGAAGCAUUAGCAAAAUAUAUGAUGUGGUUCUAUGAAAAAUAUAAUAAAAAUUAGGAAAUUAAAAUAUAUUUACUGGAAACAUUA